AUGGUGUUGUCCGCAGACGCAGUUGCAUCUGGAGAGAAUGGUGAAGAUUGGACGAAAUUCUGCAUUGCGUAUCUCCUGUGCAUCGUCUGUGAAUGGUGGAUACUUGAUCCUCUGGCAUCAGCAGUUGCCACUCAUAACUCACGAGGGGCGUUGAUAUUUCGACCCUUCUUCGGACAAAACUUUGCCCGAUACGCGGCAGUAAGGAGACAACUCGACUGUGUAGUCAAACAAACAGCCGAGUAA